AUGGGCGUGACCCGGGGCUUUGGCGGCUUCCCGGCGGGAGCAGGUGCGCUGCCAGCCAGGCCGGUGGACAGACGCCGCGGUGCAGACAGCUAUGGACGCGGACGGGUGCGCCCCCUCACUCCCGUCAGCCCAUGUGUGCGAACGAGGAGAGGCUCUCGCCCUGCCGACGUCGGCCUCUGCUCUUGCGGAGCGAGUGCAACAUCCAGCGAGCACUGUGGCGGCGCGUCUGCGUGCGCUGGAGAAACCGGAGAAAGCAGUGCAAAAAGUGGUGGUGGCGCGGGAGCUAAGGGCGUGCUAGGCCCAAGGCGGCAUGGCAGUCCAGCCCGUGAGCAGCAGCCAUGUUCAGGGCCCCUCCACCAAGGCGUCGACUGA